UCUGUGUUCUCUCCAUGGCAAACUCGUCCUUCCUUCUCCACUACUACAAUAACCGGAGACUCUCGGCCUCGUCUCGGUCCUUCUUCUUUAUACCCACAACUUUGGCUCUCUUAACCUCUCUCUUCAUUCUCUUGUACAUUUACACUACUUCUAAUCUCUUCACCUAUCACCACCAACACCAUCGCCAUAUUCACCUAAAGCCUCCACUUGAUUCCUCUUCGAUCGCUCGUUCGACCCAUGGAAGAUCGAUCCCAAUUUCGGUACAAAAUGGGUCUAUCAAUUUAUACACGAAUUCCCAAAAAGGAGCUCCCUUGGUGGAAGAUGGGAGUGAUGGAAAUGUUGGGAGUCAACGAUCUUCAAGGGUUCCGUUUCACUCAACUGGAGAAUUUGUCAGUUACAACGAGGUGUUCCAUGACAAAGAUAUCUUUCUGGAAGACUAUAAAGAAAUGAAUAGGAGCUUUAAGAUAUAUGUUUAUCCUCACAGGAGAAAUGAUAGCUUUGCAAAUGCACUCUUGCCGGUGGAUUUUGAACCUGGGGGUAAUUAUGCCAGUGAAAGUUACUUCAAAAAAGUCCUUAUGAAAAGUCACUUUAUCACAAAGGAUCCAGAAAGGGCAGAUCUUUUCUUUCGGCGUUUCUCGAUUGCAAGGUUGCGGCAUGACCCAAGAAUUGGAGUAGGAGGCAUCCAAGAUUUUAUAAGAGAUUAUAUCUUCAACAUUAGUCAGAAGUACCCUUACUGGAACCGAACUGGGGGAGCUGAUCAUUUUUAUGUUGCUUGUCAUUCCAUUGGACGGUCAGCCAUGGAGAAAGCAGUCAUAGUGCGAGAUAAUUCCAUUCAAGUUGUCUGCUCUUCAAGCUAUUUCCUCUCUGGGUACAUUACUCAUAAGGAUGCAUCUCUGCCUCAAGUUUGGCCUAGACAAGGAGAUCCUCCGAACUUUGCGUCAUCUAAAAGUUUCAAAAGGAGAAAACGAGGGGAAGACAAUAGUUAAAAACUGCAUCUAAUUGUGGACGUUGAUCUUCGAGAGAAAGGCUAGCAGACUACUUUGAGUGUCAGCUGUCUUCCCUGUGCCGGGAAGUUGAAAACCUGAACUAGAGCAUGUAUAUAGCUACAGACAUACCUCAAGUGCUGGCAUGACCGGCCUCUCUGUGCCGGGAACUUGAAAACCUGAACUAGAGCAUGGUAUCCAGUGCCGCGGCAUGUUGUGCAAGAUAAAAUUGAGCGGGAACUUCUCAUUUGUUUUCUUUCGGGCUUUCAAUUGCAGAUACAUCACCGGCUUAUAUGAAAUUUAAAAUCGCAGAAGCUUUUGCAUCUCUUUCUCCCCCCAUGAAACAGGAAUGCCUGUCAGCAUCAUAAGGAAAAAAGUGAACAGUUAAUCUUCAAAGAAGAAAAUGUAGGUUACCCACAUCAAUAUUCUAGAAUUAAUCAUAUUGAUAUUACACGGUUGGUUAACAGUGAUUUACCUCUGAUGGCAGUGGAAUAUGCAUGCAUGGAAGUAUAAUUUAAGAAUGAAGUUCCUUCUCUUGCGAACUCAUAUACCCAGCCAAGUUAUUCCUUGCAAACAUAUCUGAAUGCAUAGAUACGCAUCUUGAACUAGAAGGGAGCAAAAUCUGGGACAAGAAGGUCUCCAACACUUCGAGUUGAUCCAACAAACUCAGAUGGGCAUGAAGAACUAGAAGUUACAGUAUUG